AUGCCAGUAUCUGUCUUUUUGAUUCAUGUUCCGGCCACUUCCUCCACUUCCUCCUCCUAUUCGGUCUUGAUAGAUGCUGGCCACAGAUCGCACGUCAAGUCACUCUCCUCGGCUCUAUCGACGCAUCUACGAUUACAUCCCGAAUUUCCUCUCAAAUACGUGUUUCUGACACAUGGUCAUCACGAACACACAGCCGCACUGCCGACGUUACUGUGUGAGUAUCCGGAGAUCAAAGUGGUAAUCGCUAGGGAUGAGUAUCCAUUCGUCGUCGAGGGAAAAAAGUACUGCGAAUGUAAUGGUGAUAGUCACAUAUUCCAGUUCUUUAAGAGACUUUUGCUCACAGAGAGUAAAGUUAAACUGGAGAAGGAGAACGUGAUAGUAAUCGAAUCAGGGGAAGAGGAGAAUACGAUAUUUGAAAAUGCUGUCAAGGUUGUUCGAACGAAUGGGCAUACUCCUGGUUCACUCUCGUUUCUUCACAUCCCAUCCAAUUCGCUUAUUUGUGGAGACGCUCUUAGGAACAUGGCUCUUCUGAGGUCACCGUCUCUAUCACUACAUGGAAAGGCAUUCACUGUUUCGGUAAGCGAUACGCGCAACACGGUGAAACAGAUAUCUGAGCGUCAAGAUGUAGACUAUAUUAUGCCAGCUCAUGAUCAUACCUUUGGCGGAGUGCCAAUAGAAAAGGUCAGAGAGCUUGCGAAUAGAUUGUAA